CAGCCAAAAACAAAAAAAAAAAAGUAUUAACGAGACAGCCACCUUCGUCUCUCUUUUGCCGAUAGCAACCGUACUUGCUCCGAUUAGGUUUCAUAGCUCUGCUUCUUGAUAAAACUAGUAGAGGUAGAGAGACAGAGAGGUAUAUUAUGGACUCUCAAAAAUUAGAUGUGACUGAGGAAAAAAUAGCUUGGAGUAAAGAAGCGAUUCGAAAGAAGGUGAAGAACUCGGAGUCCAUAGCAUUAAAGAGACAUAACAUUGAUAGUUAUAUCUUACUGGACCUUGAUAAGAUAUUAGAUGAUGCCUACUGCUCUUUUCGACCGGUUCCUGCUGAUUACGAUACUAGGAAGGAAUUGGUGAAAAACCUUAAUGCAAUGGCUAUAGAUAUCUAUGGUAAUUCAGAAGAGAGCAGCCCGGUCCUUGAGGCGUAUGGAUCUUUCGUGAUGGAUAUGUACACCUCUCAGAGUUAUUUGGAUGUGUCUAUUAUCUUUGGUAACGGAACAUCUGAACUUCCUCAUGAAAAGAAGCUUCAGAUACUUGAAAGAUUUGCGGAAAAGCUCCGCUCGUUGGAGGGGGAAGGCUUAGUUAGGAAUGUUGUAUCUAUCUUCGCUGCUAGGGUGCCAAUUGUAAAAUUCAAUGAUCAAGGGACUGCUAUUGAUUGUGAUGUGUCAGUCGAAUGCAAAGACGGCAUUUUAAGUUCACAGAUCAUUCGCAUUAUAUCUCAAAUUGAUGACAGGUUUCAGAAACUUUGUUUGUUGGUUAAGCGUUGGGCCAAAGCACAUGGGGUUAACGAUGCGUCACUCCAAACCCUGAAUUCUAUAUCUAUCACAAUGCUAGUCGCUCAUCAUUUACAGACUCAAAACCCUCCCAUUUUACCUCCAUUCUCUACACUUUUUAAAGAUGGAAUAGAUCCUCCUAACGUGGAGAAGAGGACUCAAAAGUUCUUGAACUGGGGAGGACGUAAUCAAGAAUCUCUCGGUAAACUGUUUGCAACAUUCUUUAUUAAGUUGCAAUCUGUAAAAGUCCUAUGGAAGCAAGGGCUCUGCGCCAGUGUGCUGAAAGGUCUUUGGAUAUCUAAAAGGAGGAAAAGAGCUCUUAUUAAUGUAAAAAAAUCUAUACUGUAAAAUUACAUUCACAUUCUUCCUUUUUUUUUUUCUCUUAUCACUUCAGUUGAUUUUUUUUGUUUGUUUCAUUCUGUGUUGUUUAUAUAGGUUGAGGAUUUUACUGACGUUUCUAACAAUUUUUCUAAGGUGGUUAGUGCCAGAGGAGUCGAAAAGAUAUACAGAUCCAUUAACAAAACUGUAGAUGACAUUUUGGAAUUCCUCAAUGGUAAGAUCACUGGAACAGAUCUCAAACACAGCUUAUUUGAACAACAAACUGUUGUUGUGGAGCCUUGUCCUCCUGAGUCGCCACUGAUCAACAAUGGUUGCUCACAACAACCUCAUAACAACAAAAGAAAGGAGAUUGAUGGCCAUGCUGAAGAACAUCAUAACAAAAGAGUCUGCUUGGUAAACGAAUACAGAGCUGUAGGAGGAAAGGGUGGUUUGGUGAAUGAUGGUGAAGAACCAAUGCAUGUUGGUCUGUGGCAUGAGUACAGUCGAAGUUUAGAUCUGCCACCACCGCCAGCACCUUAUGAUAAAGUUCUUUAUGAGAAAUUUGGUCUUGACUAGUUAGGGUUUGUAUAACUUGUGUCUUAACAUAUUAUAUUAACAUGUUAUUUAGUAUACAACUCUAUGGUCAUGCAUGUGCUAAUAAAUUUUUUACUAUGCUCAUAGA